GGCCGCGGUGUCGUUUGGGUAACAACACAAACGGUAGCUGUUUUAUGCUAACAGUCACGGUUUAUUAACAGUAGAAUGAAUAAGGAUUUUGAUUUUAGUUUCAAAAGUAAAGGUUAAUUAGUUGUAAAUAUGUAUCGGCAAAGAAUUCCGAGAGGAUAAGUCAUUGUUCUUGUGUAAGUUUUGUGCAAAUGGCCACAUAGCUAACGGCUAAGUUAGCUUCGGGAGGAAAACAUCCAGCUGUUACUUUGGAGCGCACAUCUCGGGAUAAAGUGAUGCAGGAUUAUGUCAUGUAAAAGCGGUUAAAUUAGCCACUGUCUGACGCGUUUCCUCAGACAGAUAUUAAUUGUUCAAAGGCUGAAGCAGGACCCUUGGGACCUUUCAAACAUGGAAGCAAAGACUGAGACUGUUGACAACGACGACAUUGUGAUCAUUGUGGAGAACGAAGCGGAGAGUUUGCCCGCAGAGGAGGAGAGGCUCAAGCAGCAAGGAGCCUUUGGGCUGAUGGACACUUGCCCCAUCUGCAAAUUGAGUUUUCACAACAGAGAGCCCAAACUCCUCCCGUGUCUUCACUCCUUCUGCAAGAGAUGUCUCCCAGCCCCAUACAGAAGCGCAGAGCCGAGGAGGGACCUGCAGACUCAUCCCGAGAACAGCAAACCACUUGGUGCGAUCCUAUGUCCUGUGUGCAAGCAGGAAUGCUGGGAAAUAGAUGUGUUGGAUAACUUCUUUGUCAAAGACUCUGCAGAAGCACCAAGCAGCACGAUGGAAAAAAACAGCCAGGUGUGUAUGAGCUGUGAGGACAACACAGAGGCGACUGGUUACUGCAUUGAGUGUGUGGAGUUUCUGUGUGUUACGUGCAUUGAGGCUCAUCAAAGAGUCAAAUUUACAAGGGAUCACACAAUUCGCCAGAAGCAAGACAUGUCUCCAGAGUCUUUAGACAUUUCCACACAGCGGCCCGUGUUCUGUGAUAUUCAUAAACAGGAACCUCUCAAACUCUUCUGUGAAACAUGUGACCGGCUCACAUGUCGAGACUGUCAGCUCCUCAGACACAAGGAUCACAACUAUCAGUUCCUGGAAGACGCAUACAGAAACCACAAGCAGUAUCUUGAACAUAUGACACAACAGUUACAAGAGAAAAGGAAAACUAUUGAGGAAGUGUCCAACUACAUCACGAAUGGACUUCAACAGGUUGAAGAAAAUCGAAAGGGCGUCACUAAUGAAAUAAAGAAAUCCAUCUGUAACCUCAUAAUGGAGAUUAACCGGAAGGGCAAGAUACUCAUUAACCAGCUGGAGGCACUGACCAAGGAUCAUGAGCUGGGUUUGAAAAAGCAGCAGGACGACGUGGCCUCUUUAAGCCGACAUUUAGACCAUGUGAUCAGGUUUACCAAAUGGGCCACAGCCAGUCACAGCGGAACAGCUCUGCUUUACUGCAAAAGAUUGAUCUUGUAUCAGAUCCAUUACUUGAUGCGAUCUAAUUGCAGCCCGUCAUUAAUCCCGCAGAGUUCAGUUCGAUUCCAGUGUCGCUCUGGUUUCUGGGCCACAAAUGUAGAUCUUGGUACUCUGGUUGUGGAGAGGGGCACGGCUCGUCCCCCUCUGUCAAACCCGACAGUCGGCCCCAGAAUAGAGGCGCCCCCUGGUGGACUGGCGAUGUCAGCGCAGCAACGUCAGACUACGCUCGCUCAGCUCCAGAUGCAGCCCCCUAGGCAGCCUGCCCCGAACCAAUGGCCGUGGUAUCAAAAUAUGCGCCUCCCGGGACCCCACGGCUCUCCAAACACUAGACCUGUCCACGGAGGCAGCUCCCCGUCCCAGUCCGGAGCAGCUCCCACUUUAGUUCAGAUGGGACGGAGGUACGGGAGCGCCCAGACUGCCACGAGGAGCCCCACCUCCACCAUGUUCAACAGCAACAGUUUUCCCCCGCCUCAGAGUCUUCCCCGGUACACACAGCCGCUCCAAACUGGUACAGUAACCCAGGCUUCAUUACAGCAGCGAGGACAAGCCGACUAUCUGAGGAGGAGUGAACCGGGCGCCUCCCUUCCCUCUGUGACCAUAUCAGUCCCAAAACCCAGUAUUUUAUCAGCCCAGUCUUUGAAUACAUCCGCUCUCAACACAGUUCAGGGAAUGCAGAGUUCACCGGUGAUCAAGCCCUCGACGACAGACCGACAAACGGGAACCGUAUCAUGGAAGCCGGCGGAGACGUCUCCUGCCGCGAAACGUCGGAGGAGGUUAUCGCCCGGGCCAAUAAUCGUCAUCAAGGACGAGCCGGAGGACGAGGAUGAAGUUAGCUUUGUCCAGUCCAGUGUAGGCUCCAGUCUUCCCGACAGCAGCACGGCGGCGAAGUCAAAACCUCGUCCGCAGCAGAAGACCUGUCCCUCGGUGAAAGUGACCCUCCCGGUGUCCAGUAAAGCCUCGGAAAAGCCCGCCCCCCAAACCGAGAAGAGGGCGGAGCCAGAGGACGACCCCAACGAGGACUGGUGCGCCGUCUGUCAGAACGGAGGGGAACUGCUCUGCUGCGACAAAUGCCCCAAAGUGUUUCACCUCAACUGUCACAUCCCGACGCUCAACGAGUCUCCCAGUGGUGAGUGGUACUGCUCUUUUUGUCGAGAUUUGGAGGCUCCGGAAAUGGAAUACGUCUGCGAUCGGAAAGGCGAGCCCGGAACCGACAAAUUCCCUGUCGUCGAUAGAAGGAAAUGCGAGCGGCUUCUUCUGCGGAUGUUCUGCAAUGACAUAAGCACGGACUUCCAGCAGCCGGCGUCUCCAGCGGAAAGUAAAAGAUACAAGGAGCUCAUCACGACGCCCAUGGAUUUGUCGAUUGUGAAGAAGAGGCUGGAGGCCAAGUCCACUGACGCCGACUGUUACUCCUGUCCCGAGGGUUUUGUCUCAGACGUGAGGCUCAUAUUCAACAACUGCGCCAAAUACUACAAGGCCACUUCAGAGGUGGGCAGUGCGGGGCUGUACCUGGAGGAAUACUUCGAGGAGCAGCUGAAGCUCGUCUACCCCGACAAAGUGUUCCCGGGCGGAAGAGAAGAAGGAAUGAUCCCGCCUUUAGAGGACGAGAUCGAGGAGGAAGACGCCGACAUGCCGGAAAAAGAGGAAGCGGACAUAAUGGACAAAAGCGCAACGGUCGGUGAUGAAAAACAAGAAAGUCCUGCAGAAAAAGAGGCUCCUGAAGAGGCCGUGGCAGCUGGGAAACAAGAAGGAGGAGAAGAAGAAACGACGGCAGCGGAUGAGAAAACGGAAGAGAAGCCGAGCUCACCGAGUCAAAACGUGUCGGAAAAAGACGCGGAACUUUCAAACGAGGAAUCCAUGAUAAAAGAGGCUGAACCUGCACCUGAAACUGAAACUGAAACUGAAAUGAAGGAUGCGGAAUGCUCUCCUGAGGUUAAAAACGAAGAAACCGACGAACUUCCUCCCGUCGCACAACCAGAGGAAACAUCAACACCUCCUCCUCUUCCUCCUCCUUCUUCUUCUCCUCCUCCUCCUUCUCCUUCUCUUCUUCCUCCUCCUGCUGCUGUUAAAUCUGAAACGGAGGAAUCCAGCGACGUAAACGCACCAAAAGAAGAAAAAAAAGAAGAAGAAGAGGAAAAAAGUUAGUCUAAAUCCGUCAUUCAAAGGAGCGCCGUGUUUUCUGACGAACCCGCCGCCACCCGCUUGUCUCCAGCAGACGUUUUGACUAGAAUAUUCCACACUAAGGCAUUAAACCCACAGGUGUUUCCAGUAAACACCUUAAUGCAAGCGGACGUCUCCUCGCCGCAGAUCGAUUUUAACGGUUUAAUGUCGCCACGUAGAACAUUCCAGGCAAAGAAACGAAUAAUUUUACGUCCACGGGAUUGGAAAGAAGCGGGCGGCGAAACCUUGUCCCCGGGAAAGUUCCAUAGUAUGUCUUUUUAAAGUUCGUGACGUGUGAGUUAGUUGAGUCUUCCACUUAAAAUGCUGCAAUAGGACCCUGAGUUUUUGUACGAUGUUUCAAAUAGGAGCCGUUUUGUACAUAAUAAGUAGAAAAAACCCACUUUGUACCAUGUAAGUUUAAUGUAACUAGGACAUACUGUUUGGUGAUGAAAGUCUUGUGUUGCAUAAAAUAAUAUAAAUUUUAGUAUUUGCGUGUAAACCUGUACAUAGACGCUCGGCAGACGCACCAACGCCGCACACGAGGCAUAGGAUGAGUUGCAUGCAGAAUAGUCUUUGCUAUCUUUUUAUUUUGUAUGUAAUUUUUAUUAUUAUAUGCUGCUUGUUUGAAAAUAUGAAAUACACCCGGAUUUGUUUUUCCUUGUCCCCUUUUCUUGUCUAAUUUCUUCUUUUUCUUCGAGGCUAGAGCAGUUACAGCGGCGAAUUUGGGAGCAGAGUUUCAUAUUUGGAAUUCUGACCGUGAGUAUCAUAGCAACCAAAGAGCCAAUGCAGAGCGAGGACGUUGAAGUUAACGCCCCUUCCUGCCCGCGCAUCUGGUUUAGCAGGGAGUGUCUUAGCAACGCUGUCAAUCAAAUCUGUUGCUAACGGUAACAGGAGCAGC